CAGCAAAUCUCAUCAUGGCAUCAGCAGCUCUACAGUUCUUUGCUUUCAUUUUAGCCUUGUUUGGUGUUUUCGGUGCAAUCACAGCUGCCUUGUUGCCCAACUGGAAGGUGAACGCAGACGUGGGUUCAAACAUCAUCACAGCCAUAACGCAGAUGCAAGGGCUCUGGAUGGACUGCACAUGGUACAGCACUGGGAUGUUUAGCUGCACACUGAAAUAUUCCAUCCUCUCCCUCCCUGUUUACAUCCAGGCAGCGCGGACCACCAUGGUUUUGUCUUGCAUCCUCUCGGCUUUUGGAAUCUGCAUUGCCACCGUUGGGAUGAAGUGCACCCGCCUGGGAGGGGACAGGGACACCAAAAGCCACACGUCAUUUGCAGCAGGAGUCUUCUUCAUCCUUGCAGGAAUAUUUGGGUUGAUACCAACAGCAUGGUACACGAGAGAGAUCAUUUCCAAUUUUCUGGACCCAGCAGUUCCAGAAAGCAGUAAGCAUGAACCAGGUGGAGCCGUUUAUGUUGGAUUCAUUUCAGCAGGACUUCUACUCACGGCAGGUGCGAUCUUUGGUACUUCCUGUUUUAAAAAGCAGCAGGGAGCCUGGAUUUACCCUAAUAAGCCACACCAACAGUUCCCAGGUGCCCAGCAAGAGAACAACACAGGCUACAACCUGAAGGACUAUGUGUAA